CUGCAUUCUGGGAAAUGUAGGAGGAAACCGGGAGGAAGAAUUUUUGUUGUAGUGCUGGUUUGGCAGCUUUCAACCUCUGUGUCUGGAUAGCUUCUGAUAAAUAUACAUGGCAUGUAACAAUAAGAGGGUAACUGACUUCCUUUCUUCUCGGACGGAGACAAAGCUGUGCGAAAAUGGCCGUAGAAAACGUGAGCGUGGUGUUCAAGGUGUACUGCCUUUCGGUGAUGACACUGGUGGCAGCCACCUACACUGUGGCAUUAAGGUACACUCGGACCAUCUCAUCAGGGGACCUGUACUUCUCUACAACUGCGGUCUGCAUCACUGAGGUCAUUAAAUUAAUACUGAGCCUCGUAAUGCUAGCGAAAGAAACAAGUAACCCUUUACGGCUCAAGAACGCCAUAGUGGAGCACAUUUUUUACAGCCCAAAAGAACUGCUUAAACUGAGCGUGCCUUCGAUAGUGUAUGCCGUUCAGAACAACAUGGCCUUUGUUGCACUCAGCAACCUUGAUGCAGCAGUUUAUCAGGUGACCUACCAGCUGAAGAUUCCAUGCACUGCCUUAUGCACUGUCCUCAUGCUGAACCGCUCUCUCAAUCGGCUGCAGUGGUUCUCCGUUUUCAUGCUCUGUGGUGGCGUAACGCUCGUCCAGUGGAAGCCUGCAGAGGCUACCAAAGUUCAGAUUGAACAAAAUCCCUUCGUUGGGUUCAUGGCCAUUGCUGUCGCCGUUCUCUGCUCUGGAUUUGCAGGCGUGUACUUUGAGAAAGUGCUGAAGAGCUCAGAUACAUCUCUGUGGGUCAGAAACAUUCAGAUGUACCUCUCUGGCAUUCUCGUCACCCUGAUUGGUGUCUACAUGAACGAUGGAGAAAAGGUCUUGGAGAAGGGCUUCUUCUAUGGUUACACCCCAUCGGUGUGCUUUGUUGUAUUUCUGGCCAGUGUUGGUGGCCUUUAUACGUCCAUAGUGGUGAAAUACACAGACAACAUCAUGAAGGGCUUUUCUGCAGCAGCAGCCAUAGUUCUCUCAACAGUUGCAUCAGUCAUAUUGUUUGGACUGCAGAUAACAUUCACAUUUGCUUCAGGGGCAAUGCUUGUGUGUGUUUCCAUUUACCUGUAUGGACUUCCAAAGCAGGACACAUCCAAAGUGUCCCGCUCAGAGAAAGAGUUGGACUCAGAGUUAAAACAGAAGCUGAUCAACGUGUGAGCCACUAACUCGCAACAAAGGACUCUCUGUCAGAAGGUUGAGGUCUGUUUUCUGUGGAGCUGCAGGACUUCGUAAGGUGACCCAAGAGUCGUUUUUCACAUCAACACUGAACUGGGUCCCAGAUUUUAUUUGCUUAAUGACAAAGAUGAAGGUUCUCCCUUCAUGCACAUAUAAUAGAUGAAGAAACUUUAAUUUAAAAGUAAAUUUUUUUUUUUUGAAGGUGAUCGAAGAAAAUCUUUGUGUUUUGGGAAUUUCAUUGAACAAGAACGUGGGGGGUGGGUACAUCUCUGUAGUUACCUAAAGUUUGUCAAUCUGAGGAGGUGGGUUUGUUGGAUCAUAAAUUCAUCUACAGUAAAGUAGAACAUCUGUAUAUGUGGCACAUAAAUAAAACCACUUCACGUAAUAAAUACUUUAUGUUAAUAGUGCAGAAUAUCAGAGGUCCAAAUGGCCAAGCCUGUAGGUGCACAGAUAAAAACAGACCAGUGCAUGCUUAUUUUUAUUAAACCUCUUCAGUGUCUUUUGUAUACACUUUUUAUUGUGUUUUGGAUGUUAUUUUGAAACUAAUUAAAACUUAAAGACAA